AGGAUGGAUUUCGCAACGAAUGUGAGACCGCUGCUGCAGGACACCGACGACCGGGAGACGGACAGUGAUGCGUUCCUGGAUGAUGCGUACGCCGGAUCGAUAAAUGCCUCCACCAGUAACAUUCCCGAUCCGGCCAAGGAGAAUGCCACCGAAACGCGCAUCAUUGCCGGCGGACAUCGGAUCGCACCGACUGACAAGUUCAACUACACGUACGCCGUGUUCUACCUCAUGGGCAUGACGACGAUGGUGCCGUGGAACUUUUUCGUCACGGCCGAAGAGUACUGGCAGUAUAAGUUCCGGAACAUAUCGUCCAAUGAUACGUCCGCACUGACACCACGUCAGCUAGAGUUCCAGUCGGAUUUAAGCAUUGCCGCGGCCGUCCCGGGGACAGUGUUUCUCAUCCUGAAUGCCUGCAUCGGCCAUAAGGUUCCGCUGCACGUGCGCAUGAAUGGGUCGCUCGUGUUUAUGCUGCUGAUCAUGAUCGGUACGACGGCGCUGGUGCGUGUGGACACCGAUCAGUGGCAGGAUGCGUUCUUUAACCUGACGAUGCUAUCCGUCGUGGUGAUAAACAGUUUUUCAGCCAUUCUAACCGGUGGAUUGUUCGGUAUAGCGGGACAGUUCAGUGCCCACUACAUGACGGCCGCCGUCAGUGGGCAGGCACUUGGUGGAAUAUUCUCGGCCGUGGCCGACAUCAUCGCGCUUACCUUCGCCAGCAAUCCGUCCACGACCGCGUUUGUGUUCUUCAUCGUCGGUUGUCUAGUGUUGCUGCUGUCCCUCGUCGCGUACGUCGUCAUGUCAAAGACCCUAUUCUUCAAGUACUACACCUGCUCGAAAACAUUGAUGAAAAGCUCACUGGAAGCGAAUCCCGCAACGAGAGAAAUCUGUGCCCGUUUGGAGCCCCGGUUUCCGGUGGUAAUGCGAAAGAUUUGGAUUUACGGGUUCGCCGAGUGGCUGGUGUUCGUUACGACCCUUUCGAUCUAUCCCGCCGUAACGGUGCUGGUGGGGUCGCAAAACCAUGGCCGACCGUGGAACGAUGUUUAUUUCCUUCCGGUUGUGAACUAUCUUCUCUUCAAUACGGGCGAUUACUUGGGACGUGUUUUUGCUGGCCUGUUCGAGUGGCCGUGGAAUAAUUCCAUCCUCAUCGGGGUGCUUACGAUCGGCCGGAUAGCGUUCGUUCCAGCGAUGCUGCUGUGCAACAUAACCCAGCAUCACAACUUCCCCGUCCUUAUACACUCGGACUACAUGUUCAUCGUGCUGAUGGCCGCUUUUGCCCUGUCGAAUGGAUACCUUGCCAACAUUGCCCUCAUCGGCGCGCCGCGUGUCGUGGACGGACAUGAGAAGGAGAUGGCAUCGUCCAUGAUGGCCGCCUUUCUGGGUGUCGGACUGGCGUGCGGUUCUGCCAUUAGUUUAAUGAUCAUCGAAAUGAUCAAGUGA